AUGGUUCGCGACUCCGAUGCCGCCGCGAAGAAAGCCGCGGAGGCCAAGCUCGCGGCGAUGAUGGAGGCGAAGUUCCUGGACAUGUUCGGCGGCGACGACGACGGCGACGCAGCCGGCGCAUCCGUCAAGAAGAAAAAGAAGGCGCCCAAGGGGGGUCGCGCGGUGCAGGCUGCGGCGGCGCGCGCCAAGCUCGAAGAGGAGGAACGUGCCGGGAAAGAGGCCGAGGCGGACGCCAAAAAAGGGAAAACGCGUCGCGCGCGAGACGAUUCCGACUCCGAGGAUGGCCUGCCGUCGUUCAGCGGCAGGCAACAUCUUCGACCGUCGGCGGCGGCGGCGGCGAGCACUUCCCAGCCGUCGCAAUCGUCGCCGAACGGCGUGCGAGUGGUCACGUUCACGGGCGACAGGCCCAACGCCGCGGCGUCCAAGGGCGUCGCCACCGCGUCCGGCAACCACCUCGGCGUCUCCCGCGCCAGGAAGCUCUUCAUGAACGACCGCGUGGACAAGGUACACGAGGUUGCGGUGAACGAACGUGCGAGGCCCAAGGAACGAUUCAGCGGGGCGUACGCGGCGGAUGGCUCCGAGCUCGGAGUCGUGGAGGGACUCACCGGAAAGUCCCUGAACGACAUGCGACGCGAGGUACAGCUCGAGGCGGCGAAGGGUCUGAACAAGUGGGACAGGAAGGCGCUCGAGGCGAAGCGGUUACAGAGCCUCGGCGCCAAGGCGGAGAAGGGCAUCCGCAUCCCGGCCACCAUCGGCGUCGGCAUGUGGCGCGCGAACGAGAAGCGCGAGGAGCAGAAGCGGCUCGAGCAGUUCGAGGCCGGGGGUCGGCUGGAGAAGAAGAAGCGGGGGUUGCGCAAGGCGGACACGGUGGAGGCGAAGAGAAAGGCGACCGGGGACAGGGGUUUGGCGUGGGGAGCCGGUAACUUCAAGGGCGGAAUCUUGACGCUGAGCAAGAAAGACGUGCAGAAGGAGACCGCGCACCUCAACACGAAGAUCACCCUCGGCGGCGAUAGGCUGGCGGGCGGGGGAACGCGGAAGAAAGGCAAGGGCGGAAAGAAGGGCAAGGGGGGCAAGGGCGGGAAAGGCAAGCGCCGAUAG